AUGGCAGUCCAGUGGCAAGACGAUUCCAUAUUUGAACACUUCACCAUCUUCGAAGAGACAUUCAAGACUGUAGGCUCUCACAGUAUAAUGGCAGCUGUCUUCAUCCCGAAAGGCCUGGCACCAGGCGUUCACCCUGCUAUCUUCCAUUUCCACGGAGGGUUUCUCGUGAACGCGCAUUCUCUAUUCGCCCCUUUCUUUCCGAUAUGGGUUCUCAAAUUAGCGCUGGAAAACAAGGCCAUACUGGUUUCACCAGAUUAUCGUCUUCUUCCGUCUGAAAAUGGCGUCGCUGAUGUCUUGGAAGAUUUGGAAGACUUCUGGCAGUGGAGUCGCAGCGAUAGCUUUGCCAAGAUGUUGCAAAUCCACUCUUCUGGUCACUCACUCGAUAAUACUCGUCUGCUUCUUACCGGUAGUUCAGCUGGCGGCUAUGCCGUAAUGCAGGUGGCAAUGACGCACCCAGAUGACAUAGCGGCCGUGGCUACAUCAUAUCCGUUUGUGAACCCUAAAGAUCCAAUCAUGUUUUCUGGCCCCAGAGAUGAUGAACCGACUAUCAUGUGCGUGGCGCGAGAGGAAAUGCCAUCAAGGACGUCUGUUCUAGAGUGGAUUGAAGAGACGAAAUACACAGUGGCGACCAAGGCUGGUUUUGAACGGACACCGUUUGCGGUGGCGGCGGCACAGUACGGAAUAUACUACUCGAAAAUAUUUGAUCCUUGCGGUCUGAAUCGACUUGAAUUUAUUCCAACAGAGCGCUUGCGAGCUGGCGCAAGAUUGCCAAAGAAAAUCUGGAUAUUGCACGGGAGCGCUGACAGUGUUGUACACCUGCGAACUACACAGGAAUUUGUUGAUUUGAUUGAGGAGAAGCUGCCUGAUACUACAGUGAGACUUGAUAUAGCCAGUGGGGAAGAUCAUGCCUUCGAUCACUUAAAGACAAGUUGGGAGUUGCAUGCGAUUGGGGCUCUUGAUUUUGUGAAACAGUCGUGGCUAGAAACAUAG